ACGUGGGUUUUUUUUCCCCCAUUUCUUUCAUUCCUAGAAAAAAGAAAAAAGAAAAAAGAAAAAAUAAUAAUAAUAAAGGGAAAACAAAAUUGUAACAACGUAUCGGAAAAAACAAUGCUGAUUAAAACUAGCAAACACAAAAAAUGUAUAUUUCAUAGUUUGUGCCGAAGCAUGGAAUGGUCAGGCGCCUCACGGGUUCCGGACCAUGGUAUGGUCCAAGGCCUCGGGGGCCUCCUAUAUUCUGGAGCCACGGAGGAGUCGCGGAGCAAGAAUCCAAGUGAUGGUCGGGCGCCUCGGGGAAGCCGGAGCAUCCUAUGGUCCGGUGUCCGUAGGGGCUCUUCACCACGGGGAUGGUCCGGCGCCUUUGAGGCUUCAGACCAUGGGUGGUCCGGCGCCUCGACAGAUCCAUACCAUGGGAUGGUCCGGUGCCUCGGGGACAGUGAUACAUCCGAUGGUCAGGCAGCUCGGGGACGGCGAUACAUCCGCUGGUCCGGUGUGUCGGGGGCUCCAGACCAUGGGGUGCUCUGGCGCCUCGAGGGGUUCAGACCAUGGGGGGGUCCGGCGCCGCGAGGGGUCCAGACCAUGGGGUGGACCGGCGCCUCGGGGGUCCAGACCAUGGGUGGUCCGAGGCCUCAAGGGCUCCUGACCAUGGAGUGGUACGGCGUCUCAGGAUCGAACAGAGACCAUGGGAUGGUCGGGUGCGUCGGGGACGCCGAACCAUUCCAUGGCGCGGCUCCUCGGGGCCUCCACACCGUGGGAUGGUCCGGCGGCCCGGGGACUCUGAAACAUCGAAUGGUGUGGCGCAUCGGGGACUCCGGACCAUCGAAUGGUCCGGCACCUCGGGGACUCCGGACCAUCGAAUGGUCCGGCGCCUCGCGGACUCCGGACCAUCGAAUGGUCCGGCGCCUCACGGACUCCGGACCAUCGAAUGGUCCGGCGCCCCGAGGACUCCGCACCAUCGAAUGGUCUGGCGCCUCGAGGACGCCGGACCAUCGAAUGGUCCGGCGCCUCGGGGACUUCGAACCAUCGAAUGGUCCGGCGCCCCGGGGACGCCGGGCCGUCGAAUGGUCCGGCGCCUCGGGGACUCCGGACCAUCGAAUGGUCCGACGCCCCGGGGACACCGGGCCGUCGAAUGGUCCGGCGCCCAGGGGGCUCCAGAACAUGGGACGGUCCAGCGCCCCGUGGACUCCGGACGGUCGCAUGGUUCGGCCGUUGGGCUCCCUACCUUCGAAAGGUUCUGCGCCCCGGUGUUGUGAGGAAACCCGGGGAGGGGGCGCCUACUGUUCGCUGAAGCCAAGGGCUACGGCGCCUGUCACUCGCCGCGCCCGCUUCCGAGGUCCUCAGCGACCAGCGGGCAUCGAAGCCAGGGGCGCCCUGUCACGCUCCUGAACAGCUUCGACCAACAAGGUGAUUCUACUGUCGCUCACCAGUACGUUUCUGCAAUCAAUUUAAAAUUCCGCC